UUUCCUGUAUUUUUAUCUUCUUUUUAGCAGAUCUUGUUCAAUCUUCACCAUGUAUGUUAUUAACCAGAAAGUUCCACUUGUCUCCUGUAUCAUGAAACUUAAUGAAAGAGCUAUCGGGAUCACCUGCCCCUCUAAAACAUUCAGUUGGGGUCUGCAGACCUGGAGGAAAGCCAAACACUGAGGCAUAUGAAAAGAAGAAUUAUUGUAGACCUGAAGAACAAGAACAUUGGAGCACCAGAAAAAGCUUUACCCGUUGAAUAUGGAGCUACCUUCUAGCCUUGAAGAUUUGGACCCCAAAUUUGUCACACGUUGCUCACUGAUAGAGAUCGAAGGCAUUUCUUUGCCCACCACAACUGCAAAACACUGGGGUCAGAUAAAAAGCUUCCAGGCACGGCCAGAUGAUCUCCUCAUCUGCUCUUACCCCAAAGCAGGGAGCACCUGGUUGCAGGAAACUGUGGACAUGAUCCAAAAUGCAGACAAUCUGCAGAGAUGUGCUCAAGCCCCCAUCUACAAGCGGAUGCCCUUUCUGGGUAUGUUUCCAAUCACCUUUCCUUCAGACUUGGACAAUGCAGAAGCAAGGCCUUCUCCACGCUCACUCAAAAGUCAUCUCCCGGUUCAUCUUCUGGCUCCAUCCUUUUGGGAACAAAAGUGCAAGGUAAUCUAUAUUGCCAGGAACGUCAAGGACACUGUGGUUUCGUAUUUCCAUUUCCAUCACAUGAACAAAACCUUGCCACAUCCAGGAAACUGGGAAGAGUUUCUGGAUAAGUUCCUUGCUGGAAAAGUUAUCUGCGGCUCAUGGUUUGACCAUGUCUGUGGCUGGUGGGAGGCCAAGAAACGCCACCCGAUUCUCUAUCUCUUUUACGAAGACAUGAAAGAGGACCCAAUUCGGGAAAUGAGGAAAAUAGCCCAGUUCCUGGGAUUAGAGAUUCAAGAACCAGUUCUGAAUCAGAUUUUGGAGCACACCCAGUUUGAGACCAUGAAAAGAAACACAAUGGCUAAUUAUAGUAACGUGUCUCCCUGUCUCAUGGACCACAACGUGUCACCCUUCCUGAGAAAAGGUAUUGUUGGUGACUGGAAGAAAUGCUUCACAGUGUCUCAAAGUGAGCAGCUGGAUGGCCUCUGUAGUCAGUUGCUGGAAGGCAGUGGCCUGACCUUCCGCACAGAGCUGUAAAAGCAGUUCUUCUCCACACAGCCUUCUCAAUCAAGCCUGCUUAAAUUAUUAAUCUUCCUUGCAUUUAAUAAAAUAAGCCAUGGAUCCAUAAUCAAAUGACAA